CUCAUCUUCAACACAACAUAAUGGCUACCACCAUCACACUACCAUACUAUGCCCCUGACAUCCCCUGCCCGCUACCCACAACUUCAGAGAUUGAUGCAGCACCCGACAUAUCCUUGGAGUAUGGAGGACGAAGAAUCGUUGAGAUCGGAGACCAUCUGGUAGUGAAGUUCGGAAAAGGCGUGGAACUUAUCGAAGGAGAGAACAUGUUAUUUGUCCAAGAAUACACCAGCAUACGAGUCCCUCGAGUCUAUGCACUUUACUCGGACCCAUCGACGGGCAAGAAAUACAUUUAUGAUCAACAUAAUGUUAAGCAGGUGGUCCCUAAGAAUAAAACAGCUAUACUGCUCUGCGCGAUCUCGGAUCCUCCGCCCUUGCAACCUUGGGACUCCCAACCCUGUAAGAGCCUUGACGACGACAGAUUGUGCACGGCAGUCAACAGUCGCCUCGCACGAGAAUCUUUUCCGCUACACUUCCGGAAGAUGGCUGUAAUCAGGCUAACAUCAUGUGGAUUUAAUGAACAUCUGCGUCUAGCAGAACGCUUCCUCGAGUUUGAUGUGCUUGUGCUUCAAAACAUUGUUUCUCGUGCAUCUGGUCAUUUAAUAUCCGAACUCCGGUCCUUUACAAAGUUAUCAGAAGGCGGAUACAACCGCGUAUUUGAGGCUACUUUCAACGAUGGGAAGUCGAGCGAAGCAGCGACUCUGGACUACCUUCGCCUACAUGGACUUCGCACACCAGAGGUAUAUGCCUGGUGCUCAACGAAAGCUAACCCAAUUGGAGCUGAGUACAUCAUUAUGGAGAAGUUGGAUGGUACUCCUCUCGGCCAUGAAUGGUUUUCAAUGACCCCAAAGGAGCAGUAUAAGAUUAUGACACAAAUAGUUGAAUGGGAGACGCGUUUGAUGUCAUUGGAGUUUCCUGCCUCUGGGAGUCUCUAUUAUUCGAAGGAUCUUCCAUCUGAAAAGAGGACAAAGCUAGACGAUCCGAACGGCAUGGCGUUUUGCAUAGGGCCAAUAGCCCAUUAUAGUUGGUGGCAGGGUGAGAGAGGCAUUAUGAAUAUUGACCGCGGACCCUGGCCAUCAUCACCAAACAAUAUCCUCGUGUCUGACACGAAUGAAAUGACUGGCCUUAUAGACUGGCAGCAUUGCGCGAUUCUCCCUCUUGGUAUCGUUGCUGGGAUUCCAGCUCACUUCCAGAACUAUGGCGAUCCAGAGUCAGAAAUGCUCAAACAGCCUCAGCUUAAUCUGCCCUCUGAUUACGAUUCCAUGACACCCACCGAGCAGAAUUCAGUUAAGGAAUCUCAUCGCAGAAGAGUGAUUCAUUUCCUGUACGCCACCCUGACUAAAAGACUGAAUCAAGAUCAUUACAAUGCUAUCUUCGACCAGUCAAUUAUAUUCCGCCAACGCCUUUUCCAGAGUGCCGGCACACCUUGGGAGGGGGACUCAGUAUCGCUGCGUGCUGAGCUCAUUCGCUCAAUAAUGAACUGGUCGGCGAUCGUCAAGUCUACUCACGUUGCUCCGCCGGUGGACUAUCCAGAAGAUGUUGUCCGGGAGAUUGUUGACUUUGAUACGCAGCAGAGAGGGGCCGAUGUGGCAAUGAAACAGAUGCGACAUGCUUUAGUUGUCGAUAUCAUGGGAUGGGCUGCCAGAAGACUCGCAUCUGAGAUAAAGGGUAAAAUGCUUGAAGCGGCAGAGACUCCCGAUGAGACGUAUGGAAUCUGA